AUAACAAUUAAAGAUUAGCUAACUAUGACGAUAUAAUAAUGAUAAAUCUGGAAGUUACACGAACUCGGGAAAAAAACAAAUUCAUUCAAAGACUGUGACAAAGGCACGCGUCACUCAAGGCAUCGGUUGAGCCAGACUAAAUGGCAUUUCAUUACUGCUGAACUAAGUCUCAACUAUACCUGAUUUACACCUAUGCCAUCUGUCUCUCUAUGCAUUAUACAUUACUAGAAUAUGCAUUAUGCAUGGGAGAUAAAACUAUAGUAAGUAAAACGCCCUAAAUCAAUUAACGAAAUUCCCAUACGUCAUCAAUACUACGAGACUCGCAAAAGUUCAAAGCAGUCAUAAGUGUCUCUCACAACAAGUGCAAUUAUAUAUACAUAUAUUAUAUAUAGAACCGGUAGAGUUGCUAGUGGGGAACGCGUGCCAUGGGCAAUGCCAAUCCGAUCGAACGUAGCUAAUCAGUUGUAGGUUGUGCAGGCGGGGAAAAUGGCAAAUAGCUGAGAUUGAGUUAGAACAACUUGUUACUGGUGUCAGUCACCUAUAUAAAGAUAUAUAAGAAGCGUCUGAACUGAUCGUAGGCCACAGAGUCUAAUAGUCGCUACUCUAGUGCAGUAGAUCCAACCUAGAGCUGAUUGAUUCAACAUGAACUUGACAUCAUUUGUCGUCUCGCUGCUGCUGCUAACUACAGCUUGUGCUCAAAGCAAUAACAAUAUCGUUGGAAACUAUGAGGCUGAGAUGGACGAGUUUAUGGGCUUGUUGCUCGACCCAGACGAGGUGGACUUUGAGAGUCGUGGCAACUUUGACGUGGAAGAGCCCGAUGACUUGCUGGCCACAUUGGAGGCGGACGAGUAUGAGGGCGCCGAGCAUUGUGUGUGGAAUAAGUGCGACAACGACCUGAGCGAGCCCCGUGGCAUUGGCAGCUUCCUGGACUUGUCGUUCCUCAAGAAAAUCGCCGUCAAUCUAAAUCCCUUCGGCACGCCUCGGCAUCGCAUGCAGUUCUACUUGUUCAAGCGCGAGUUUCCCGAGUGCGGGCGCGAGCUGGACUUCAGCAAUGAGCGGAAGUGGCGGCACGCCGGCUUCAAUAGCUCGCUGCCCACACGGCUCAUCGUGCACGGCUGGAUGAGCCAGUCGCGCGGCUCCUUCAAUCGGGACGUGAAGAAUGCCUACCUCAAGCACGGCGACUACAAUGUGAUUGUGACGGAUUGGAGCGCCAGCUCGGCCAACAUCAACUACUUCUCGGUGGUGAAGCUAAUCGAGGGGAUGGGCGCCCAGCUGGUCCAGUUCACGCGCGAGCUGCAUCGCCAGCUCCAUGCACGCUACGACGACAUCUACCUAAUCGGCCACUCUCUGGGCGCACAGAUAGCCGGCGCAGCGGGCAAAUACCUCAAGCCGGAGCAGUACAACACAAUCUUCGCCCUGGACCCGGCCGGACCCAAGUUCCGUCAUCGCAGUGCCCAGUUCCGCAUCGAUGCUAGCGAUGCCAAGUAUGUGGAGUCCAUACACACCAGCGGCAACUUUGGCUUCCUCAAGCCCACGGGCAGCGCCACCUUCUAUCCGAACUAUGGACUCUAUCAGCGCAAUUGCUUCUAUCUGGGCUGCUCCCACAUACGCGCCUACCAGAUGUUCGCCGAGUCCAUCAACUCGCCCAGCGGCUUCUGGGGCACGCCCUGCAAGCGCGAGGGUCGCAAAUGGCAGUGCGACCAGCGCCAGCGGCAAACCCAGCGCAUGGGCGGCGAGCCCUCUGUGCCCAAGAGGGGAAUCUUCUACGUGAAGACCUCGUCCAGCGAACCCUUCGCUCUGGGCAGAUAAAGCCAUGAAGUUGAAUCCAACGAAAUAUCACAUUUGAUUAAUUAAGCUACCAAUUGUAGAGAUAUUUUAGUUUUAAUAAAGACCAAAGAGGGAAAUAUCAUAAUGA